AGGACUUCGAUAAUUUGACGGUCUUGCAGCUGCUCUUUGCAGCCUACCCGCAAGACAAAUCUGGUGAGAGUCGCCACCCGCAAUUUGUCGCUUUGAAGUGUGUGACUGGAAAGGGCCAGCCGCAAGUUGACUCGGGAGGUGUUUUGCAGGAGACGGGCAAGUGGUUGCGCUGCUAUGUGGAGCCAGAUGACAGAUACUACAAGUCUCGAGUUUGCGCUGAUGGACAGAACCCGCCAGCGAACUUCAAGAUGAAACCUCAUCAGACGAAGUUUGGCGUUCAACUCCCGAUGGUCAUGAUUGAGGGAGAUGGAAAGACGACGCCAGUUAAGGUCUCGCCGCUGCGCCAUGCAACCAAGUGCGUCUACAAGUCACCGCACUGCGACGAGGAAAAGAACGACCGCAUGAAUACGCCUGUGGAAUACGCUUGGCAUUUCUGCGUACUACUUUCUAUCUUUCUUUUCAUUUUUAACUUCAACUCUUGGUGUUGGAGUUGGUCUUGAAUCCUGAAAGUUGAACCUUCUUUUCUCCUUGGGGGACUACAGUCUCUGGAUGGACUUUACGUUUAGAAUUUUUAGAAUUAACAAAGUACACAUGACGUCACAACUGCCCGUCACCUCCUUAUAAGUCACUCCCACUCCACCUCCAGAUGAUGAAGACGGCGAAGACACCAGACGAGCUUGUUUUGUGUUGCCAAGGCAAGGAAAGUGGUAACCAGAACACUGACUAUACCAAGACUGCUCGUGGCUUUGCGAUUUUUGGCCCGGUGGUACCAACCAAGGAGUACGUCUUCCGAUUGCCGACCGAGAAUACGUGGGCCUCACUGGGUGGUGCUUCGAAGUCCACGGACACUGGCUCGUCCUCCAGCUCGGCCGAGCCGCAGGCGAAGCGAAGCAGACUGAUGUAAGAGGACAUGGAGAAUGAUGUACAUGUAUGGGGGGCAGGAAGAAGAACAGGUAGUGGAGGUAGAGGUACAGGGAGUACUUUUUCUAUUCCUAGGAGAGGAGCUCUUUUUCGUUCGGUAAGACUUUAGUACGGUCUAAGAUCAAGCUCAACUUCAAGUCGUUCUCGUGGCUUAUGACUUUGGGUCGGUCUAUGAUGAAGAGAGACGCAGCUUAUGAGAUAUAUAAGUAGAGCGAGAACUGUUUCCGUUUCUCGUUGGCUUAUGACUUUGGGCCGGUCUAUAAUGGAGAGGGAUUCAGAAAGAACUGUCUCUCGUCUCGCUUUCGUUACUUCAGAAUUUGUGUCGAUUUAUUUCAACUUGUUUCUCAUUCUUUUCC